AUGGAAGCGACCACAGACUAUAAGAAUAUGAUUAAAGACUUAUUCCAAGCUUUGGAACCUGAAGGAAGAGGCAAGGUUCAUAAGGAUAACCUAAAGAAGAACAUGAAACAAAUUUUGUCGGGAAAGAUGUUGACCGAUGAAGCUAUAGAUAAGAUGAUAGAGGUCAUGAGCCCGGACAAAGACGGUAUGAUAAGCAUAAAGAAUUAUUUAAAGCUGUUCUCGAUGCCCGAAUUCUCCGCCGAGGAAGCCGCUGCGACAAGGACGGUCUUGAAGAAGUGGCCGCAGCUACUAGAUGGGCUGAUGGACAGCAAAAGGAUGGCAGCGAUGAUAGGAUACGACAACCCGAAGAAAGUGGAGAAGAUAGUGAGCCAGCUCAAAGACUGCUACUUGGAGAACCUGGAUCGCAGGCUCAAGAAAGAACCGCCUAAGAGCAAGAAGGUAGUCCGGGAGAAGCAGGCCCAACUCUUGAGAGCAAUCGGUGAGAAAAUAGGGGUUGAGGAUAUUGGUGGAAUGAAGGAGGAGUCUCAAUGA